GGUGUAGCCUGCUUCCUGAGAGUAAAGCUUUUGUUUGGAUAAUUGGGCUGUUCUUGCUUGAUCAAACCACUCAACUAACAGUAAACGCAAGUUACGCAAGCGCCUUCCAAAUCCCCGCUGUAUCUCCCAUCCACCAUUAACAAAACCUCAGAAAUCCCAAUUUCCCUCUGAAAAAUCCCUAAAAAUUCAAUUCAAUUCAAUUCGAUUCGAGUGAACUCAAUUCACCAUACAAAAUUCGAAUGCGAAACUUCAUCAUUGUGAUGUGACAAAAUUCAUCAUCUUCCGCUGUAUAUACAUGACAAUGGCGGCUCCCUAUUCCCGGCAAUAUCGCGAUCGAUUAUCCGACCGUUGCUUAAGCUGGUUUCCAUGUCUCUCUGAUCCAGUGCGGAGAUCGUCAAUAUGUUUGAAGGUUGCUUUGGUUAUUAUUCAUUUCAUUUAUAUGGGAGUUCUGUUUUUGGUUGAUAGAGAUGAUCUCAUCCAAACUGCUCAGAUAAACCCUUGGUACAUUGGACUAUAUCUUUUUCUUUUCGUGGCAACCUUGAUACAGUAUUUCAUCACUUCUGGUUCCUCUCCUGGUUAUGUACUUGACGCAAUGAGGGCUGCUAAUGAAGGAUACUCCUGUUCUCGGGAAUCAGUUAUUAACUCAAAACAGCCUGCUACAAGUAAAAAUGGGAGCAUAGUUAUCCCUGUGGAUGUAAAUCCCUUUGGAAGAACCUACUCUGGAAGUAAUGCAACAGCUUGGACCAAGCUGGUGAUGGAGAUGUAUCCUCUUGGAACCUCUAUGAGACAACUGACCUGCACACAUUGUAAUGUGUUACAGCCUCCUCGAGCUAAGCAUUGUCAUGAUUGCGAUAAGUGCGUUAUUCAGUUUGACCAUCAUUGUGUUUGGCUUGGAACAUGCAUAGGCCAGGGUAAUCACUGCCGAUUUUGGUGGUACAUUUGUGAAGAGACAGCAUUAUGCCUUUGGACUGGCAUUUUGUAUACCUCAUAUCUCAAGGCUAACAUAUCAAGAUCUUGGUGGAUGGAUGCAAUGAUGAUAAUUUUGCUCAUCACUUUGUCAGUAUCAUUGAUCUUUCUGGUGCUCUUGCUUCUAUUUCACAGUUACCUUGUUUUGACAAAUCAGACAACUUAUGAGCUUGUAAGACGCAGGCGUAUCCCAUACAUGCGAGCGAUUCCUGAAAGAGUAUAUCCUUUCAGCAACGGCAUGUGGCAAAACUUGUACAAUUUCUGCUGUGCUCAAAGUAGCAUAUAUAAUCUUGAGCGUUUGCCAACAGCUGAAGAGCUUGAAGUCAAGAGCAGACCAGUUGCAUGUUCCGAUAUUUUGUGUUGCCGUUGUUGACAUUGUUCCCUAGUGCUGAAGAUUUAUAGUAUAAUUUCGUUAGUUUGGCCACAUUGUAAAGGUCCAUGUAUGUAUGUUGUUUUUGCAUGGCUUAGAAAUUACAAUCACCUUUAUGUCGGAAAUGCCAUGAUGUGCCCUUUAUUGGUGUUUCACGAGAUUUUGUUGGGAUUUGAGGUAGUUGCUUUAUUAUUUUGUUUAGAUCGAAAUGGGGUCAAUACAAGUGAAUCAAUGUGCAAAAUUCCUGGCAUAGUUUGAUAAAUCAGGUUAAUUGUGCAA